UCCCCACGCCCUGUAUCUGCCGAGGCCUCGUCCCUCCCAUCCCGCAUCCCUCUGCCCCCGGGGCAAAGGCACAGGAGGAGGGACCUGUCAGGCACAGUGUCCCCUCGGUGCCCUGUCGCGCCUGGCCAGGGCAGCCAUGUCCCCCCCGCUCUGGAUCGCAGCCUGGGCUCUCCUGCUCCACGGCUGUGCUGCAGGGCUGGCGCCACAGGCUCCUUCCACCAGGAAUGACAUCCGGGAUUGCUCCGCGGACCCACCGUACCUGCCACCGACGGCCACAAACACGACUGCGCGUCUGGCCGUGCUGCGGGGCAUCCUGCGGACCCACGGCAUCCACGCCUACAUCGUGCCCUCCACGGAUGCCCACAUGAGCGAGUACAUCUCCGAGCGGGACGCCCGGCUGGGCUGGCUCACCGGUUUCACCGGCUCCGCAGGCACCGCUGUGGUGACGCGGGACAAGGCUGCCCUGUGGACUGACAGCCGCUACUGGACCCAGGCAGAGCGGGAGCUGGACUGCAACUGGGAGCUGCAGAGGACAACCUCGAUUGAGUCCAUCGGGACAUGGAUCCGGGAAGUGCUUCCUGCGGAAGGGAACGUCAGUUUGGACCCCUUCCUCUUCUCCAUCGACACCUGGAACAGCUACAGCCGGGCUCUACACGGCUCCAGCCAGACCCUGCUCUCCCUCGAGACCAACCUUGUUGAUCAGGCAUGGGGUGACCAGAGACCCCCUCCCUCCUCCAGCGAGAUCUACAGCCUCCCAGCAGAGUUCACAGGGAGCAGCUGGCAGGAGAAGGUGGCCAGGAUCCGGCAGCGGAUGGAACAGCACGUGCAGUGCCCCACGGCCGUGCUGCUAUCGGGGCUGGAGGAGACGGCUUGGCUCUUCAACCUCCGCGGAGAUGACAUCCCCUACAACCCUGUCUUCUACUCCUACACCCUCCUGACCAACACGACCAUAAGCCUGUUCGUGGAGGAGUCCCGGCUCUCGGCGGAGGCGCGGCAGUCCCUGCGCUCGGGCUGCCCGGGGCCGCUGUGCGUAGAGCUGAAGGAGUACGGGCAGGUGAGCGCCCACCUGCGCCACUACGCCCAGGGCAACGUCACCGUGUGGCUGGGCACCGAAUACACCAACUACGGCCUCUACGCCAUUAUCCCCCAGGAGAAGAUGCUGGAGGAGAGCUACUCGCCUGUGAUGAUGGCCAAGGCUGUGAAAAACACCCAUGAGCAGGAGAUGCUGCGAGCCGCCCACGUCCGGGAUGCGGUGGCCGUCAUCCAGUACCUGCUGUGGCUGGAGAAGACAGUCCCGCAGGGGCAGGUGGACGAGUUUUCGGGGGCUCAGCACAUUGAUGCAUUUCGCUGGGCCCAGGAGCACAGCCGUGGGCCCAGCUUCCAGUCCAUCUCGGCCAGCGGGCUCAACGCAGCGCUGGCUCACUACAGCCCCUCCAACGGGAGCAGCCGGACACUGUCUGCGAGAGAGAUGUAUCUCUUUGACACCGGAGGGCAGUAUCUGGAUGGGACAACAGACGUCACUCGCACAGUGCACUGGGGUGAGCCCACUCCGCUCCAGAAGGAAGCCUACACCCGUGUGCUGAUGGGCAACAUUGACCUUGCCCGCCUUGUCUUCCCGUCCAACACAGCUGGGAGAACGGUGGAGUCCUUCGCUCGCCAGGCACUCUGGGAUGUUGGACUUAACUAUGGCCAUGGGACCGGCCAUGGCAUUGGCAACUUCCUCUCAGUCCACGAGUGGCCCGUGGGUUUCCAGUCCAACAACGUGCCACUGGAGGCUGGCAUGUUCACCUCCAUCGAGCCUGGCUAUUACCGGGAUGGCGAGUUCGGGAUCCGCAUUGAGGACAUCGCCCUCGUGGUCGAGGCACAGACUGAGCACCAGAGUGGAGAGAAGCCUUUUCUGACGUUCGAGGUGGUGUCCCUGGUGCCCUAUGACCGCAACCUCAUCGACCUCGGCCUCCUGUCCCCAGAGCAGAUCCGGUACCUGAACUCCUACUACGAGAGGAUCCGGGCACACGUGGGGCCGGAGCUGCGGCGGCAGCGGCUGGAGGAGGAGUACGCCUGGCUGCAGGAGAGCACCGAGCCCUUCCCGGUGAGCAGCGCCGGCAUCGCCGCCGCGAGCACGCUGGCCUUCGCCUCGCUGCUCUCGGUGCUGCUCAGCGAGCUAGGGGCCUGAUCCCGCCUCCGUGGCCACCUCCCCACCCCUCCCACCACGGCCGAGUCUUCCCCAGCCCUCACUUCCUUUUUUUUGGUGUAUUCUAUUUUCUCGUCUGUGAUUAAACAUGAGCAAGGCGGGCCCUGCUGCGCCCUGCUGGGCCGAUGUGCUGCGCGCUGCCUCGCAGCCGAGUUAGGGCUGGAGUCAGCCCCCAAGCCCACCCCUGUGAUCCUGCUUGUGCCACCUUGUCCAGUCCUGAGGCGACCAAGCCAACGCCGAGUGAAGAGAUGGACUUGGGCAGAUUAUAAUUCUGGGGCAAAAGUUGGAGGAUUUGGAGUGAGAAGAUGCGGGGCAGCCAACCACGGAUGUCUCCGCGGGUGCUAGCAGCGGGGUGAC